AUUUUUUACAUAUACUUUAUUUCUACAGUUUAUAUUUAUUGAUAAUGACCUCAGUACAGUUUACAGUAGGCAAGUUAGAUGCUGGAAUGGCCAUUCUCUUAACUGAGGACCAUCAUCUCAUCGAGUUUCCUUCACUUCUACUUCCAAAGGGCGUCACGUCUGGAAGCAUUGUCAACAUUGCCGUGAGUCGCAACAAGUCUGAGGAGGAUAAAAAGAUGAAAGAGUUUUGGCAAUUGCAGGAUGCCAUUUUAGAAAAGUUUGGAGUUGUUGAACCUGUUGCGCCUGCUGUUCGCGUCAAGAACAUCACUCAGACAUCACUCAUUCUUGAGUGGGACUCACUGACGUUGCAUACAGCCAAAUUUCGUUCAUUAGAUAUAUACAAGAAUAAUGUCAAGUUGGCUCAGCAUGUACCCAUCGACACCAACUUUAUCAAGUUAUCUGGCCUUGAUGUGGAUCAUGAAUUUGAGUUUUAUAUUGUCAUCAAGACAACUGCAGGCGAGUAUAAAUCAAACACGGUCACUGCACGCACACACAAGAUGGAUAAUCUGACGGGCAUUCGAGUUGCCUUUGGUAUGUUUGAACAACCGGAGCCAGGGAUGACAGAAUUAAAGGAUCUGUUGACAAAGAUGGGUGCAUCAUGGACAGAUGAAGUUACUGUAGAGACAACACAUCUCUUGGCUCAACUUCCUGGUGGCUCAAAUUAUGAAAAGGCAGUGCAACAUUCAAUACCCAUUGUGAAGCCAGAAUGGUUAGUGCAAUGUGAUAGAAACAAAAAGAUUCAGCCUGCUUUACCUUACUAUAUAGUCAAUGUAUCUCAUCAUGAAUAAUUUGUUACUUAUAUAAAAAGCGUGCGCCAAAAAAAGAAUAUUUCUAUUGAUCAGCUGAAUUAUGUUUAUAAUUGAUGCCCUUAAAGUUUUUUCAU